GGCAGCAGCGUGCAGAGGCCUCCUCACCCCGGUCUCCCUAGCCACGCCAGCCCCCGGCCCUUCCCCCGCCCCGCGCGGGCUGCGAGCGGCGGCGGGUUCCGGGUCCUGUGACCGGUCAGGCGCUGCGGCAGCGCGGCGGGGAGAGCAGCCGGCCUCGGGGAAGUUUCGACGGCCGGCGGGGGCUCCCAGGGCGUCGCGGGGAGGGCGCGGCCGGGCGGGGGCCCCGGCGCGUGGCCCUAGCUUGCCGAGAGCGGCCGGCCGGCUGAGCGAGACCUGGGCGCUCAUGGCGGGCGGCGGAGCUGGGGACCCAGGCCGGGGGGCGGCCGCCGCCACGGUGCCCGAGACCCGCGAGCACCUCUUCAAGGUGCUGGUCAUCGGCGAACUUGGCGUGGGCAAGACCAGCAUCAUCAAGCGCUACGUCCACCAGCUCUUCUCCCAGCACUACCGGGCCACCAUCGGGGUGGACUUCGCUCUCAAGGUCCUCAACUGGGACAGCAGGACGCUGGUGCGCCUGCAGCUGUGGGACAUCGCGGGACAGGAACGGUUUGGCAACAUGACCCGAGUAUAUUACAAAGAAGCUGUUGGUGCUUUCGUUGUCUUUGAUAUAUCGAGAGGUUCCACGUUUGAAGCCGUUUUAAAAUGGAAAAAUGAUCUGGAUAGUAAAGUCCAUCUUCCAAACGGCAACCCUAUUCCUGCUGUCCUCUUAGCUAACAAAUGUGACCAGAAAAAAGACAGUGGCCAGAAUACUCCCGAGAUGGACGAGUUUUGCAAAGAACAUGGCUUCACUGGAUGGUUUGAAACCUCUGCAAAGGAUAACAUAAACAUAGAUGAAGCAUCCCGGUUCCUAGUGGAGAACAUUCUUGCCAACCACCAAAGCUUCCCUAAUGAAGAAAACGACGGCAGAAUUAAACUGGAUGAGGAGACCGUGAAAAAAGAGAACAAAUCCCAGUGUUGCUGACUCAGCGUCUGCUUCUCUCCUGCGGAUGCAGCCUGAUUCGGUUGGAAGCAAAUUCCUGAGACGGGAUCAUGGAUGGUGGAUAUGCUGCUCUGUGAAUCUUCAGGGCUGUGCCUUAAAAUAACAAGGAUGGCACCCCGGGAGCCUGUGAUGAAAGGGGACACUGGUGAAGGAGUCCCGCCAGUGGCUCUGUCCCUUCACUUGUGAACACUUAGGCUUCUGUUGUUGUUGCCAUCAUAUUCAGGAUAAUGUUUAUGUUCUUUUUAACAUCUUUUAAAAUGACAGUUCUUCAGGAUUUGUUAAGACUUGGAAGUUGUGGCUUUCAGUGUGAACACUGGGCUGGUAAUAAACUUUCCCUGCCGCCUCA